AUGUCAUCAGGCUGCCAAGAACCCUCCCAAGGUCCCUACAGUCCCUUGGCCACAACCACAAAAACCCUGGUCACGGAUCCAUAUCGACUUUGCUGGACCGAUCAACGGAGUCUCGUGUCUUGUGCUCGUGGACGCCUAAUCAAAGUGGCCGAACAUCGUCCCAAUGACUUCCCCCACAACAACGAGAACAUUACAGAAGCCGUCAGAGCAGCUUCUACAGACAUCCGCAACGUUGACGACGUUCUUUACUACGUUUUCGCCUAUCCAGCCAAUCUGGAGAACGAUCUGGCCUACGUUGGCACCAUCAGCGGCACGGUGACAAAGCAUGUGUGCGAAAAUAUCCUCGCAGUCACCCUCAGGACUUCAAGCCCCAAAAUUUAUCGUGGAGGAACGAAAAUGUCAGCCAGUAAGAGCGACGACUACCCAAUGCACUCAACCUAG